CCAAUGCCUGGAUGGUGGUUGAUCAAAUCAAAAGAGCCCCCAGGAAGAGGAUCUGGGCCUGCUCGGGAAAACACCACACCUUGCCCUUUUUACUCCAUACACCCGUGCAACCCGCCUCCAGCUCUCAGGACCUUGCCAGCGGCAACAAUUUCGGUGACAGGUUCGGAAACGGCCACUCUCUUCGCUUGACCCUCACACUUACCUGGCCCCGUGGACCGGGCCUCCAGAUAUCUGCCAUGCUCCGAAGCCGAGCAUCGCGUCUUUAGGAUUGAUUUCAUAAAUUGGCCCUUUUCCUCCCACUUCUCAUUUUGAAAGUCAUCAACUUCGUCCUCUGUGUAACAAGCCUAGCGGAGCUACAGGGUGCGCCGUUUGUUUGCUUUGUGUCCACGUUACAUCUUGACCGCGCCUCCCGCUUCUUGUCUUCCACUUUCCCGACCGUACCUCAAGAUGCCUUCAGAGAUACCCUUGUAUGAUAUUGUAAUCAUCGGCGCUGGUCCAGUGGGUUUAUUGCUUUCAGUGUCGUUAUCACGAUGGGGUUACAAAGUCAGACACAUCGACAACCGCCCUGUACCAACAGCGACCGGACGAGCCGAUGGCAUUCAACCGCGGUCGCUUGAGAUCCUCCAAAACAUGGGACUAAAACGCAAGAUCAUGGCCCAUGAUCCAGCGCGAGUUUUUGAGGUGGCCUUCUGGGAUCCCGCGCCUGGCGGGAAGAUCGUGAGGACGGGUACUUGGGCCAGUUGUCCCGAAUUCCUGGACGCUCGAUAUCCCUUCACGGCACUUCUUCACCAGGGACUGAUUGAGAGAGUCCUCAUCGAAGAUCUUGAGAAGAACGGUACCAAAGUCCAGAGGCCAUGGACCAUCACUCGUUUCGAGACCAACCACAAGAACCCAGAAUAUCCUGUCGAGGUGGACCUGAAAAACCUUGACAGCAACGUCACCGACACCGUCCGAGCGAAAUACCUCUUCAGCGGCGAAGGUGCGAAGAGUUUUAUUCGUGAACAGCUGGGUGUUCAAAUCCGACACAAGGACCCGAUUUCCCACGUUUGGGGGGUUAUGGAUGGUGUUGUCCGCACCAACUUCCCCGACAUCAAGAUGAAAUGCACGAUCCACUCAGACCAUGGUAGUAUCAUGGUUAUCCCCCGCGAAAACAACAUGGUCCGGCUGUACAUCCAGAUCGCCAGCUCCACAGACCCCGACUUCUCACCUCGAAAGACAGCCACCGUGGAACAAGUGCAGGCUGCUGCCAAACGCAUCUUCCACCCUUAUUACUGCAACUGGGACCGCGUGGAAUGGUACUCGGUCUACCCGAUCGGCCAGGGAAUCGCCGAUAAAUAUACGCUGGACCACCGCGUUUUCAUGGGGGGCGACGUGUGCCACACACACUCCCCCAAAGCCGGGCAGGGCAUGAACACAGCCUUCCACGAUGCCAUCAACUUUGCAUGGAAAGUACACCUGGUCGAAUCCGGCUUCGCCUCACGGGACAUCCUGUCUACAUAUGAAGUCGAGCGGCGCUUCAUUGCCGAAACGCUCCUCAACUUUGACAACAAAUACGCCGCGCUCUUCUCAACACGGCAACCCACGUCCUCGGAAGUAGAUGACGCGCACAAGCACGAUGGAGGCGAACACAAGAACGAUUUUGUCGAGAUGUUCAAAGCCAACUGCGAGUUCACUGCUGGAUUCGGCGUUGCCUACAACCCAAACAUCUUCAACCACUCGCUGGAGCACCCCUUCCAGCAUCCCCUCAUCAUCACCGACAGCCAGAAACUGCGCCCCGGUCGGAUAAUGCCACCCUCGAACGUCACUCGAGUCGUCGAUGCCAAUGUCGUGCAUCUCGAAAAUGAGAUCCCGUUCAACGGGUCUUUCCGCCUGUUCAUCUACGCGGGGCUCUCUCAGUCGCCCAAGAAGGGGGCACACAAAGCUCUGGUCGACUUCGCCGAGAACCUCACGGCAAGGGACUCGUUCUACUCGAGAUUCGGGUGCGAGGAUCGCCGGAGAGACAACCACCACGACAUGGACAAUCCGCACUCGCGCUUCUUCUCGCUUGCGCUAGUCCUCGCCGCCAAGAGACCGGAGAUCGAGAUCUCCGACCUCCCCGACGUGUUCCGAGACUACUCUGGCCGGGUCUACGCCGACGACCGCAAGGAUAUCAAGGUGCUGGACGCGAAGGCUUCAGCCCACGCGAAGGUCGGGUUGACUGGCGACGAGGGCGCCGUCGUGGUUGUGAGGCCCGAUGGACACGUCGGCAUCGCCGUGCGCUUGACCGAGGGGAAGGGCACGGUCGAGGCCCUGGAAGGAUACUUCAAGGGAUUCAUCGUCAGGACCGGUCUGGGCGGCGGGGCCGAUAGGGUGAGAUCGCAGUUGUAAGUCGUGCACCAGCACACUCGCGCAGCGAUGUUUUGUUCAAGGGGUUGGGAUGGGAUGGGAUGGCAGCCCGUAUGGGCAAAAACAACACAAAGAAUCAAUGGACGAGGAUCUCGACGUUUUCAGAGAUCGCCGGAAGAGUCUCGGGGGUAUCUGGCUUAGCCCAUAUCGUUUGCCUUGCAUGUCAUGUCGGCGUUGUUCAAGCUUUCUGAACGACAUCAGCUUUUUAAUGUAAGCAAUGAAGAAUCGUGAAAUAGCGUAUCGAUUCCGAAAAACACUGUCCCCA